AUCAGCUCAAACUUGCUACAUAGCAUAAGAACAUCAAUAUGUAUUAGAAAAUGUAAUAAAAAUUUGGUGUGCUUGACAAGAAAUGUAAAGAGCUAGAGAAUCUAUCAGUAUAUGAGUCACAAUGCGCUGCACUUAAGAAUGAGCUGAAUGACAUGACAGAAGAAUUGAGGAAUGAGAAAAUACAGAGAGAAGCUUUAGAGAUGGAGCUUGCCCAGGUUAAAGAAGAACUUGUACAGAAUGAAGAGCUGAGGCAACUGGAAGUAACUUUAUUUAAUGAGAAACUUGAUGAACUUGAUAAGCAAGUGCAAGAAAUAGAUGAGAAUGAUGUUAUUAUAGUCACACCAUCCACCAGGAGAUUGUCAUCAUCUUCAUCAGCUCAGCAAAGAAGCUCAGUUGAGAGGAAAGUCUCUGUACAAGAGACCUUGUCCGAGAGUAUCAAAAGAGUUAAGACUUUUGCAAGUGAAAGACUUCAAGAGACAAACGUUCCAGAGCAUGAUGAUAGUAUUAAUAAUAAUUCAGUGUUUGAUGAUGCCAGUCUGUAUUAUUCACUUCCUUCAGAAAUGAAGGAAUGGAAUGAGUCAUUAGUGACUAAGAAUCAGUCCUUCUACUCGCAGCAAUCAAUCAGUAACAAUGCUCUCUUGAAAUUCUUGCAAGAAAAAGUCAGUCGAUUGACAGAGGAGAACACUGUAAGUAGAGUAAAAAUAAGGUGCCCUUUGAUAUUCCAAUCAAAAAUAGUUUUUUUUACAAAUUUUUAA